AGAACACUCAUCUGCGAAUUUCAUGUCAAACAAAUGCCAGCAGAAAAGGAGUUAUCAGCCAACCAAGUGCCUAUGAACUAUGGUUUCAUUUACGUCCAUUUUCAGCAUGAACCAAACCCCAGCGAUUCACUCAAGUUCUCCCUUUUUCUUCAAUUGGGUACAUCACACAACUCACCAAACUACACAAAAUCAUAGCAAGAAGCUAGGGCAUUCCUCUUCCCCUUUAUUGAAAAGCUGCAAGACUAUCCAUCUUCUUCCUCCGAAUUUCCCAUAAAUUCGCCUACAUCUUUCUGUGAUCAUCUCUUCUGUUUAGCCAGCUAGCUUCCAUGAAGAAUUUCAAGUAUCCUGCGCCAGACCAUCCAUCUUCAAGCUUCUUUCUCCCCCCAGAUCAUCCCAUUUCAGAUUUGGGACACUCUCAGAGAGAGCUGGAGAAGAAAAGAAUAAGGGAGGAGAUAAUUGCUCAAGAGGAUGCAAAAAGAAGGAUUCUUGAAGCAGAGGUCAGAAUGGAGCUAAGGAUGGAGAGGGAAGCUUCCAUGCUAAGGGGUGACCCCAAAGUUUCUUCUUCUGAGGAGUUUGUAAAGAGAUCUGCAGAACCCAGGGGGGCACUGCCUGAUGAGAGGUCACUGCAGGACAUUAUAGUUAAGCUUGUUGAUGAGAGGUUAGCCUUGUUAAUCUCUGGUAAUGUGAGGGCUGCAAAACAAGAUCUAAAUGUUCCAAAGUCUCCUGAAGAAGUGGACAGGCUCAUCUUAAAGCCAAAGACUGAUGAUGUAGAUGUGUCUGAAGGAUUAAAGCAGGAGGUUGCCAUUAAUAGUGAGCUCUUUGAUAAGAAGAAAAUCAAACAAGACUGGAGUUGUGACCUAUGUCAAAUUACGGCCACGAGUAAGGCGAGCUUAAAUGAUCACUUCCAAGGGAAGAAGCACAAGGCCAAAGAAGCACCAGGGAAGAACUUCAGCAUUGGCCUUUCCCUGAACAGCCCAAAGCUCGACAUGCCCAAAGAAAGCUCAAUGGUGGUAAUUACAGAUGAGAAAAGUGCAGCAUCGGGUCAAACCCAAGAAAAGACUGAGGUGAAGAAGAGGAAAAACUACAAGUUCUGGUGUGAGAAUUGCGGGACAGGAACUUUUUCAUCAAAAGUGAUGGAAGACCACAAGACGGGGAAGAAGCAUUUGUCUAAGGUGGAGAAGGACAGUGCAGGGAUUUGAAAAGCCGCAGCAAUAAUGCAGGAAGAUUGUUUAGCUUCAUUCUUGUUAGUUGUAUUUAGAGGCAUAACUAGGUUACAUUAACAAACAUUGAGGUUACUACUCUCAGUGGAGGGAGUAUUACUUAACUAACCAAUUAUUGUGCCUAAUUAUAAAGGUUAGUGAUAGUUGUUGUGUUAACAUGCUCUAAGAAAUAUACUUUGCAACAAACGGGUUUAUGUGUAGAAAAUUCUGAUCAUCAAUUGUGUUUUAACUACUACAUCAGAGUAGUAGUUAAAGAGCUUUCAGCUUUGAGUAUUCUUGAGUUUUAUUACAAGUAUUUGAAC